AUGAUGCAUGGAACUAUAUCAAAUGCCAAGAGAAUCACUAAUCUUAUACACCAGGGGCAAAGUCGUCAAGCAAUAGUUUUGUUUCAUCAAGUCCUGAAAAAUGGGUUCAAAAUCACAGAGUUUCUUCUCUCAGCAAUUGUGCGAGCUUGUGGAAGAGUUGCUGCCAUUAAAGAAGGCAAGCAAUUUCAUUGCACGGCGAUCAAACAUGGGUUCAAUAGAGACAUGAUUCUAAUGACGUCCCUUCUUGACAUGUACUCUAAAUGCAACAAUAUCACAGAAGCUCGGCUUAUAUUUGAUGAAAUGCCUCAAAGAGAUGUCAUUGCCACCAACAGCAUGAUUUCUGGGUUGUGUUGGUCUCACUUAACACUGGAAGCAAUUGAAUUGUUUAGUAACAUGUCAAGAAGAGACGCCGGGUCUUGGAAUUCGUUGAUUUCGGGUCUCGGUCAUAGCUCUGAAGGAAGAACAGGAUUGGUUUUCUUUGAGAAAAUGAGAUUGGAAGGAGCUGAAGUUGAUGUUAUGACCAUGGUUAGUGUUCUUUCAAUCUGCUCCGAUCUUGCAGCAUUGAGUAAUGGUAAACAAUGUCAUGGUUUGGUGAUUAAGUAUGGCUUUGAGUUGGGGUAUUUACCAGUUGGAAAUGCUAUUAUUGACAUGUAUGCUAAAUGUGGGUGCAUGGAAGAUGCCUGCUUAUGUUUCAAAAACAUGCCUUUAAAAAAUGUAAUUUCAUGGACUGCUUUGAUCACGGGUUAUGGAAAACAAGGCCGGGGCUUAGAAGCUUUGGAGGCAUUUGACACAAUGGAAGUGGAAGGUGUUGCACCAAACAAAAUCACAUUCUUGGGUGCCUUGUAUGCCUGUAGUCAUGCUGGAUUAGUACAAGAAGGAUGGAGGGUUUUCAACACCAUGGUGCAUAAGUACUCAAUCGCACCCAUGAUGGAGCAUUAUACAUGCAUGGUGGAUCUCCUAGCGCGAUCGAAGUGUUUCAGUGAGGCCUAUAAAUUCAUAGAGAGGAUGCCUGUACAGCCGGACACAAGGCUUCUCACAGCAUUUUUAAGCUCAUGCUGCUCCCACAAGAAUUUGGAGCUAGCAAGGAGUGUUGGGAAGAAAUUACUUGAAUCAGCACCUGAAGAAGCAGGGGCCUAUAUGUUACUAUCCAACUUCUAUGGGCUUGUUGGGGACUUGCAAGGUGUGGCGAAAGUGAGAAGACUGAUGCUAGAUAGAGGAAUUAGAAAAGAGAAGGCAUGUACCUGGAUUGAGAUUAACAAAACAGUUCACAGCUUUCAAUCCGGAGACAGAUCCCAUCCCCUAAGCAAAGAGAUCUACAACUAUUUACAACAUCUAUUUAAAAAGUUGAAAGCUAAUGGGUAUGUGCCAGACACAAGCAUGGUCAUGCAGAAUGUGGAUGAACAAACGAAGGAGGAGAUAGUUCUUGGUCACAGUGAGAAACUGGCAAUUGGUCUUGGCCUAAUCAGCACACCUCCCGGUACCCGUAUUGUUAUAGUUAAGAAUCUGAGAGUGUGUGUAGACUGUCAUGUGGUAACUGGUCUAAUUUCAAAGAUUGAAGGGAGGGAGAUUGUUGCAAGGGACUCAAACCGAUUUCAUCAUUUCAAAGAUGGACUAUGCUCUUGUGAAAAUCAUUGGUGA